AGAAAAAUGAAAUGAAUUAAAAUAAAUAAAAUUUUCAUUUUUGGCAAAACAGAGAAGAAUUUUCGUAGAUCAGAUAUGCAGCAAGGAGAUUUUAGCUCCAAUUAUCAAUACCCUCACCCUCCAAACUCGAAUCCGAACCCUACGCCCACCGACUUUUACCAACCGCCUUACGCAUCGGCACCACCGUUUACCUCUGAUUACUCCGUUUACCCGUCAAAUUAUCCUGCCUAUCCUCAAAAUUCCGAUGCCGUACCUCCCACGGCUCCCUCUUACGCUCCGCCGCCGCCUACCCUGGAUUCGCAAUCUUCUUUCAAUCAACAACCUAUCGCGCCUCUGGUGUCGACCGCGGCUCCUUCUUUUCCGCUUUAUGAUUCACAGGUUUCUUAUCAGCCACCGUCCUCCCAGCCUCCUUAUUACCAGCCGCAUGAUCAGCAUCAGAUGGCCUCCGGCUAUGGCCAGCCUCCGGCGAAGCCUAUCGACACGCUUAAUCCAUCAUACUAUUCCUCCGCAUAUGGUCAAGUAGGAUCAUCAGCGCCCUCUGUCCCUCCUGCAUAUGAAAACUCCUAUGAUAAUUCAGUUAAGUUCGAUCAUGGCGGUGGCAGUUAUUUGGAUGAGAAAUUCGGAGGAGGUUACUACAGCAGCAGACCUGACAUGGGAUCCGAUUUAUAUGGUAAACAAUCGGAUAACUAUUCAAUAUACGAUGACGGUGCUGGGGUUUAUGCUUAUAAAGGAGGACAAGUGCAGCCCUAUGGAGCACGCGGCACGGCUCCAAAUUCGUCGACUUAUGUUCAAUUCGAUGAUUAUGGGCGGCCUAUUAAUUUCCCUUCUGGGAAGGACUCAUGGAGCGGAUCAGAUUCAGCUUCUGCUAAGAUUGUGAAGGCCGUGCCGAAGGCUGAAACCCAGCAAGAUGUGAAGAGUGGGGUCCAGAAGUUUCGGGUUAAGUUGUUGUCUGAAGACGGAGCACAUGGCCCCAUGGAUGUACUUUGCCAGAUUGGUUUAGAUGGUAUUCGCAUGCUUGAUCCCAGUACCGGAAUAACGUUGAGAAUAUAUGCUCUUGAAAACGUCAGAAGAUGUGAAGUCAUAGACUCAUCUACCUUUGCAUUCUGGUCCAAGAGCCCUGUUGACUUUGAAGAAAGACGGAUCAGAUUGCAAUCAAAUAGUUACACUACAAGCACCCUUCUGGAUAUUGUAACAGCUGCAACUGUACAGAUCAAGGAAAUGGGUGGGAGUAGUCGACCUCCUGAGUCUCUACAAACUACGGAACAACUUGCAGAAAAGAAGAGAGGGUUUGCUGAUUGGAUGAAUAGGAUAAAGCCUGGCAUUGAGGAGAAAGAUCAUUGGGUCCCAGAUGAAGCUGUUUCCAAGUGCAUAGCAUGUGCAACUGAUUUUGGGCCUUUCUGGCGGAAGCACCACUGUAGGAACUGUGGGGAAAUUUUCUGUGACAAGUGUACCCAAGGUAGAAUUGCUUUAACUGCUGAUGAGGAUGCUCAACCGGUUAGGGUUUGUGAUCGAUGCAUGGCUGAAGUGACUCAGAGGAUGAGUAAUGCUAAGGAAACAGCAAGUAAACCUAGUGGAUUACAGAGUCACGAGGAUCUUGCUAGGAAGCUUCAUGAGGAGAUGGAAAAAAAUCACAGAGCAUCAUCAGGCUCGAAAUAUGAUGGAUCCGGUCAACAGAUGAAGGAAGUUGCCUGCCCUACCUGCACUGUUCAUUUGCAGGUCCAAGUUCCAAGCUCAGGUUCUGAAACCAUUGAAUGUGGAGUCUGCCAGCAUCCUUUCCUUGUUAGUGCCCAUUGAUCUUGGACUUUUUUGUCAUCAGGGAAGGAUCUUAAUCUUCCCAAUGAAUUUCUUAUUGAUUUAAUUAUACUUAUUGGGGUUCUGGUUAUUUUUAAAAUAAUGACGAUUAUAAAC